AUGCAAGCUUUAUGGUGGCUGUUUUUGUUUACGGGAUUUUCCUUGGCCCGAAGAGACGCCCGGAUCGUCUGCGGCCGGCACGAGAUUUGCAGCUCGAAGACGAGAGGCGAUUUCAUGAGGCUGCGCGAGAAGGUCAAGUGGCUUGAAGAGCUCAACGAACUCGAGGCCUAUCAACGGACUACCUACGCCGACAUUUCAAAUCCCGUGACGCUGAACUUGCUGAAGACGCGCCUGGAGUUGUGUUCGAACAGCGCGAUCCCGAUCGGCUACAUGUUUCAACCCGACGAGCUUUUGCGGAAUUUUUCGGUCGUUUGCGCGCACGAGGGCGGAGAGAGUUAUCAAACUUGCACGCUCGGUCCGUUGGCCAAAGGGCGAAACUAUGACUUCGUCCCCGAGGGGCAAUGGAGAGCUUUGGUACAAGACGCGCGUCGCCGGAUCGGCUGUGUCCUGAAUCCUAUCUCCGGAAAAUCGAUUGGCGAAUUCCAUCUCUGUCGCGAUCAUUGCGCCCGCGCAGGCAUCAGCCAUUUCAUGGCACUCUGCCUUAUGGUUAUCCUGUUGACGACUUGCGUGACGGGCUGCGCGCGCUGCGCUGAGAAUGCGGCC